ACAAACUCAUACCACCCAAACAUUUCCAUCACUCCUUCCUUUCUCUCUCUCUCCAAACCCCUAAAUUCUGCUUCCAAUCGAAGAGAGAAGAUAGAUAUACUCUGUAAUUUCCGCCCUACGAUGGCUGCCGAUGUCAGUUCCUUGGUGAGAUUGAUCAACGGCGGCGACGCUGCCGAUUCGCCCAAACCGACGGCUCCGAUCACCCGCGACUUGCUCGCUGGAUGUACGACGCUUGAUUCGAAGGAGCUGGACCUGGACUUGCAGGUCCCCUCCGGCUGGGAGAAGCGACUUGACCUAAAGUCAGGAAAAGUGUAUCUGCAGAGAUGCAAUUCAUCAAACUCAUCAUCAUCUACAACAGAAAACAAGCCUCAACAGAGCAAGGCAGCAGCCAAGUUACAAGACCUCAACUUCCCUCCAUCUAAGAAGCAGACGCUGAACCUCUUCGACGACGAGGUGCUGGACUUGAAGCUCGUGUCCCUCUCAUCGUCCGCCUCUCCGUACCAGAGCGUGUGCACCUUGGAUAAAGUGAAGUCCGCCCUCGAGAGGGCGGAGAAGGAGACAGUGCGAAAGCGCUCCAUAUCCAUGUCCAAGUCAUCCUCCCUUCCCUCGAACUCGUCGUCCUCGAUCAAGGACAGCGACCUCGAUCAGGAGGAGAGGUCGUCGUCGUUCGCAGCCGGCUGCCCUACCUGUCUCCUCUACGUGCUCAUCUCCAGCACCAAUCCAAAGUGCCCUAGGUGCAACUGCAAUGUGCCACUGCCUAUGUCUGCCAAGAAGCCUAGAAUUGAUCUCAACAUAUCCAUUUGAGUUCAAUCAAUGCUUGGUUGGAGCCAUAUUUCAAAUUUUAUUGGUUCCCAUUUUUUGUAAAGAUAGAAAAUAGGUUGUUUCAUAAGCUUUUUAAAGAAUUAGUAUAUAAAUAUCUUUAGCUAA